CGUGACGGAGGGAGAUCCGGGGCCACGUGGAUGAAUUUUCCGCGUUCCGACAAUACGUCGGAUAACAACUUGUGCGUCGCGGCCGCUUCGAUCGGGCUUGGGAAUUUACUCAAGGACUGUUUCAAUUGCAUUCUCCCUCUUUCUCUCUCCCUCGAUUGCGAUAUAUGUCACUUAUCGCUUCCGAAGUGCAGAAAGUGCAACGGAACGAGCCGAGUUUGUGGACGAAAAUAUUAACGCGUAGAUUCUCUUUCGUCUCGGUCCUUUCUUUUUUAAACAUCUCCAUUUAUUAUCGUGCGCCGAAGAGGGGAUUACAAUAUGAAGAAAGAGAGAAUCAAAAUAUGGCGCCAAAAAAUAAAGAAAAUAACUCCAAACGAAAAAAGCAGGUAGAUGAUGAAGGAGACGAGGACUACCGGAAACGACGAGAUCGGAAUAACCAGGCCGUGAAACGAUCCAGAGUGAAGAGUAAAUUACGCACGCAACAAACAUUAGAACGAGUAAAUCAGCUGAAAACGGAGAAUGAACUGCUGGAGGAGAAGAUUAAAAUGCUUACCAAGGAGCUAGGGUUUCUCAAGGAUCUUUUUCUCGCACACGCAGGUUCGAGUCAACAUUCUAUAAAUUUUCAAGAUCUAGAUCUAAAUUCUCUACUGGCAGAAGAUAAAUCUAUGGAUAAUAUCCUGAAGACUACGUCUGAGCUGUAAAUCAAUAGAACUGCCACGUGAAGAAAUUAGCGUGGUAUUG